UUCGUAUACAAACAAACGUUGACUUUGAACUUGAACCGGCACAGCGGUGUAGUAUCUAGAUCUAGAAACUAUAAGAAAAACCCAGAGCAGACUUUAAGAUGUCUUCAUUUGCAGACCAGUAUGCUUUGCCAGCAACUUUGACUGUGGCUGGUCUUCAUCAGAUUGUAAGGUUUACUAAAAAAGUGGGUGAAGCUCGUCAUAAGUACAAAAUUGAACCCCCAGAAACCACUGGGCCACCAGAAUUUAUCAGAGUUUUUAGAGCUCACCAGAAUUCAUUGGAGUUCUUCCCCAUGUCACUUACAAGUCUGUGGAUAGGUUCAGUUUUCUUUCAUCCAGUACCUGCCUCUGCUUUAUAUCUGGGCUAUUUAAUUGGAAGAGAGAAGUUUUUUACUGGAUAUGUUGAACACCCAGAUAAAAGGCUGACUGGCUUCAAGAUCAGCAUUCGGUGCCUGCUAGGCCUGUUAAUUAUCUGUGGUGUGGGCGUUGGCCAUAAGCUUGUCAGAAAUUAUGGCAAUAUUGAUCUGUUUGAAAUUAUCCAUGAGAAAGUCUCCAGUUUAAGACAAUAGUUUAUCUAAGAGAUAAAAAAAAAACCAUACUUCAAUAUGCCUUAGAAAUGUAAUCACUAUAUUAAAAAAUGUGAAUCUAAAAAAAAUUGAGAACAUGUAUUUCUUGGUUUUACAAUCAAUUAGUGGUGUAUUAAUAUCUGCUAAUAUGCUAAUUUAAUUUGUUCAAUAGGUUUAAAACUAUGCAAGAUCUUUUUAAAAUAUUGUUCAGUAGAUACUGAUUUUAAUCACAAAUCAACUAUUUGAUAACCAGUUUUUAAGGACUGUCAUUACAUUUUGCCUUUCUACUUUUUUUCAAUUGGUUGUGCAUUUGUCCAAGUAAAGUAUAUUUUACUUAGAGAUUUCUUGUCAUAAAGAUUGUAAAAUAUUGUACCACAAUUUUACAUAUUUUUUGGUACACAUUUAUUUUAAACCAGGUUAUUUAAAUAGAACUAAAUGUUUUUGUAUUUUUAUUUACAAUAAAUUAUAAAGUACAUGUUCAUG